UCGUGCGAUACUGCUAGCGAGCGUUGAGAGCGCGAAAGACAGCCGUAUCGCGAACGACAAGGAGAGAGAGAGAGAGCGCGAGAGAGCGACGACGACACACGCGAACAAGAGAACUGAGCGAUGCGGCGCUCGAGUGCAGGAACCAGGGUUGGCAUUUUGUCCACUUUUUUUCAUUUUUUUCGGGGCACUGGAAGAAAAUGGACAAAAUGGACAAAAUGAACGAAAUGGACGAAAUAAAGUCGGUAAAACAGAAAUCGAUGAAUGAGACAUAUCGAUUAACACCAAUGUUGCAACUUCGUUUUUUUUCUAGCCACACGACAGACACGACACAUGUGCUGUAUUUUAGGUUAGAUUUCUUAUUUCUGUUUACCAAGGUGAAAAGUAUUAUUUAAUUAUUUUACUUAUUAUUUUUUGCUUAAAAUUAUUUUAAAAUGGAAAAUGAGCCAGGGCUAGGCAAUUCAUCGUCUACUUCUUCUGUUUCUAUUAUUUCUGUUGACUCAAAAAAAUCAAGAAUUAGCGGCACCGGCUUUGGUAGAAUUGGUAGAAAAAAAGAUUCAAUCAGAAAACAUUUUUAUGAAAUAACUAAAGGAACAAAAACAAUUUUGAAGUGCCAGGUGUGCGAAAAUGAAGUAAGUAAUAAGGCUUGCCGAUUAAGGAAGCACUUUGAAAAAUGUACUAAAAAACAAGAUGCAAAAGAAGAUAUAUGUGAUUCAACGGAGGGUUCAUCGGGUUCAGAAACUGAAGAUUCUAAUAAUCCAGCAAUCAAUAUUAGCCGAAAGCGUAGGAAUCCUGAUGUUCAAGUACAAAUUCAACAACUAAAACAACAAAAAUUGAAUCAAUUCUUACUUAAAACAACCGAAACUGAUAAACAAAAACUCGAUUUAUCCUUAGCAUCUUACUUUUAUUCUUCUGGUGUACCUUUCCGACAUUCUGAAAAUUUUUAUUUUAAAAAAAUGAUAAGUGAUUUAAGACCGGGAUACACUCCACCUAACAGAAAAAAACUAGCUGGCGAAUUAUUAAAUAAAAUUUAUAACAAAACCCAGGAAGACGCAAAAAAUCAUUUAAAUGGUAAAUCGGUUACACUGAUACAAGACGGUUGGUCUGCUAUCCAUAACGAACCAGUGAUAGCAAGUUGUGUCUCUGAUGGUGAAAAAUCUUUCUUUUUGUCAUCUUAUGAAACUGGUUCUAACCAAAAAACGAGUAAAUAUUGUCUUGAUUUGGCUGUGAAAGACAUUAUGGAAGCAGAAAAUAGGUUUGGAUGUACUGUAAAAAGUUUUGUGUCCGAUAAUGAAGCUAAAAUGAAAAAAAUGCGCAGUGACCUCCAAAAGAAGCUUAACAAUGAAUCUGACUUUUAUUUUAUUAUUAAUGGCUGUGCGGCGCAUUUUUUAAAUUUAUUAUGUGGCGAUAUUUGUAAACUUUCUAAUGUUAAAACUAUAAUUAAACAAGUUGUAGAAUUAAGCAAAUAUUUUAGAAACAACCAUGCAGCUAAAGGUCUCUUAGCCGAGUUUCAAAAUUUUCGUAUUCCACAGUUACCAGGAGAAACCCGCUGGAACAGUGUUAUAGAAUGUUUAGAGGUUUUUGUCAUUAACCGUGAUUUUUAUCUAAAAAUUGCUGAAAACCACGAGGAAAGCAUUGAAAAAAAUAUAGUUGAUAUUAUUCAAAACAUUGGUCUUAUGAAAGAAGUAAAGUCGCUUAUAACUCAAUUAAAACCAAUUCGAGCAGCCUUAAAUAAAUUACAGUCAGAAAAUGCCACUCUUUCAGAUACUUUAACCGAAUUUUUAAAGUUAAAAGAAUUAUCCACAAAUGACGUUCUGCUUUCAUAUAAUGAUUUAAUUAAAAAAAGAUUUGACGAUUGCAUUACCCCAGCCCAUAUUAUUGGUUUUUUAUUAAAUCCCAAAAAUUUGGAUUUACAACUAGAUUCUGAACUUGAGGAAGCAGGACGUACGUGGCUUUCUGAAGAAGUUUCGUCCGAUUUUUUACCACUACUUAUAAAAUUUCGGCUUAAAAUAUCUCCGUUUCCGAACAGUUUUUUUCAUGAUCAAAUGAGAGAACAACUAAGUUCCAUACAAUGGUGGGAGGCUCUUUUAAAAACCAAUACUGUAAAUUUAAAAUUUUGUGAAUUUUCCUUACAUUUGCAAAAAUGUGUUGCUUCGUCAGCCUCCAUAGAGAGAAUAUUUUCCAAUUUUGGAAUAAUACAAACCAAACUAAGAAAUCGUCUAGGAAUCGAAAAAGCGUCAAAACUUGUUGCAAGUCGACGAAUGCUCAAUAUGAUUGUUAGUCAAAAAGAAGACAUGGAUGAUUUUUAAUUUAAAAAUUUAUUUUACUUUUAUUUAGCCAGUUGUCAAUUUAAAAUUUAAUUUCGUUAAUUAUACAUAUACUGGCAAAGACGCGAAGUAAAUGUGUUUAUUUUAUUCUGUUAAAAAUUUACAUUUUACUUUUAUUUCAUAAAGUUUAUUUUUCCUGAGAUUAUAAGAAGACAUGGACGUUUUUUAAUUUAAACAUUUAUUUUAUUUUAAUUUAGCCAGUUAGGUCAAUUUAAAAUUUAAUUUUGUUAAUUAUAUACUGGCAAAGUAAAUAUGUUUAAUGUAAUAUUCUGUGUGUUUAAAAAUUUAUAUUUUAUUUGUAUUUAAUAAAGUUUAUUUUUCCUGAGAGUUUAUUCAGUUUAUUGUGUUUUUUUUAAUUUCGUCCAAUUUUGUCCAUUUUGUCCAUCAUAUACAUUUCUUUCGGGGCGGACAAAAGUGGAAAAAACCGGGGGGUUUUUUCCACCUUGGACAAUUGAUGCCAACCCUGGCAGGAACGGACGACAGGAGGUGAUCAAGGAUGCACUGAAUGUACAGUUUUGUCGGUUCACAAAGUGUUUUUAUAACUUGUCACAAACUUU